UAUAUUAUACCCUACACGACAUCCCCAACAAAACAUUUCUGGAUGUGUUAUUCUGUAACAUUUGCUUUAAAACGUAAACACAAGUUUAUGUCCAAGCCAUGACGGUUUCGUUAAAUUUGUAAAAUUUAAAAUAAAAUAAUAAACGAAUAAAAUAAUACACUAUUGAGCCUCUUAGAUAGCUUAUUUCCAGGUUAUUCUACCGUUCUCAGCACGUCUUCGUGGGGGUUUGUUCGUUUUGUUUUACGGUAGCAUUCGGUCGUACGGGCGACAAACGUUUCCUUGCCUUAACGUGUCAACAUCGAUAUCAAAAGAUGCGACACAAAACACAAACAGGAGGAUAACUGUUACAAAAUUACGGAGAGGCGACCGUAAAGUUUAAGAAGACCCUGAAACGCGUUCAGAUAGCGUCCAUCCCCGGAGUGUGACGGGCGGUGCGGUGACGUUAAACGAGCGGCCAUCGUGUCUUGAGGGUUGUCUUGGUGAGGAGGAUCCGUUGGCUAGCGGAACAACGGCGGCAGUGGAUGGUACAGAUUCGGCAUCAGUUACGAGCCUUUAAUCCGAGAUUUAAGGCUCCAGGUUGUCUUCAUGUAGAGACUCGGGUCGGUUCGCUGACAUGGAGUGGCAGACGCCAGCUGUUUCAGAGAAGUUCCAAAGCCGCUUUGGCCGCCGGCCGGGAACAUCAGACAGCGGGGACACUGGGAUCGGCACUUCCAGAUCUGACAGCACGGAAGAUUUCUGCAGCUCCAGCAGCAGCCCGUCCUUCCAGCCCAUCCGCAGUCAGAUCCCCAUCCCCACUGCACAUGUCAUGCCAUCCACAGCCGGCGCUUCGGCCUCAAAGCCCCGCUCCUUCGGCCAGGAGGACCCUUCGUCCUCGGCCGAGGGUCACAGGUCAUCCUCCGGUUCAAGGACCCCGAGCGGCUCCACGUCAAAGUCUUCCUCGCUCUCUAAAUCGGCCUCUUCGCCCAACUUGGACGCUCAGCCUCCUGUAGGAGCUGAUCAUGUGGGACCGAGGCCAGACUGCCUGAGCCGCUACCGCAGCCUCGUCAACGGGCUGGACCAGUCGCUGUUCCCCACAGACCAAACCAGGCUGGACGAGGGACAGAGGUUUGACACUCCGGCCGUGGAGCCCACUCUCAACCAGUCGGCCCUGUUAGGAGGGCUGUGUCCCGACGUCAGGUUCCGAUUACAGAGCGCCGGGAUUAGAGAGCCCCCAGACUCCGUGUCUGAGGCUUACAGGGGAGGAAUGGAGCAGAGCUACAAGGUUCUGCCUGAAGCGAGGCCCGGCCUCUCUGGAAUAGCAGAAACCUCUAAUCAGAGGGGGAGUCAGCCGGGCGCGGCCGGAUCUGCUGGGCUUUAUUCAAACUCGCUCAGUCUGCAGACUCAGGCUCUGCUGAGGGAGCACGCGGGUCCCAAAAGUUACGACCCACUGCGGCAAGACAGAUGUAGCGAACUUUCUGGCUGGCAGCAAAAACAGCAGCUGGAGACUUUACGCUUGCAAGUGGAACAAAUGCAG